UCUUUAUGAACAGGAUAAUGGCAGUUGUGAACGCGAGUAAAAGUAUGUGGGGGAGACAUCCGGAGAACAAAAACUUCUUGCAUUCUCUCUCAUCCUGUGACUCGUGGAAUCUCCUCAUGAAGGAAGUCUAUGAAGAGGAUCAUGGUCUUGUUAACCCAUUGGAGGCAGACUCAGAGGAGACUCUUGACACAUGUACAGAAAAAAAUCAGGCCCCUACUCCAUAUAGCUGGAGUACUGAUUGGAGUUUUUGGCUCUCAAGUUCCACCUACAAAUAUAGGAGUGAAGAGUUUAAGAGACAGUUUUCACAUCUGCCAGAUUUGGAGAGGCUCAUAGUAGAUUAUGCCUGUGCCCUCCAAAAGGAUAUCUUACUGCAGGGACGCCUGUACCUCUCCGAAAACUGGCUCUGUUUUCACAGCAAUAUUUUUCGAUGGGAGACCACAAUUUCUAUCGCCUUGAAAGAUAUUACUUUUAUGACCAAAGAGAAGACUGCUCGCCUCAUUCCAAAUGCCAUCCAAAUUGCAACAAAAGGAGAGAAGUUUUUCUUCACAUCAUUCAGUGCUAGAGACAGAAGCUACCUCAGUAUCUUCCGCUUAUGGCAGAAUGCAUUGCUAGACAAGAGACUAACAAAGCAGGAAUUCUGGCAGCUGGUCCACCAGAGCUAUGGCUCUGAGCUGGGCCUGAACACUGAGGAGAUGGAGAGCUUUCACUCGUCAUCUGAAGAUAAUGGGCCAUCUCGAUCCAGUGUGUGUGAUGAUUCUGGGGAAAAGGAUGAAAAAUUACCCAAAGCAAUCGGCCCCACUCGAGAACCUGUCACACAACCAAUAGAGGUUGAGCCACAAAAUGGAAAUGUGUUGCCGGGGGAAGAAUCCCAAAAUGAGAAGCCAGACAAGAGGAGCCCUUUUCUGGCUUCAGAAAGAAAACUUCUUAAUCUAAUCAGAAGCCGGUCCUCAGAAAAGUCGCUGGAUCUGAAUGAGAAUGAAAACCUCCAAGAGAAGAGCAGUGCUUCAGAUAGCAAUGACGAAGCCAAGGACACUCCUGAGAAUGACCUCCAAGGUAGACUUGUUAUAAACAGAGUUUUCCAUAUCAGUGCAGACAAGAUGUUUGAAAUCCUUUUCACCAAUUCCCACUUCAUGCAGAGAUUUUUCAGUUCCAGGAACAUAGUAGAUGCAGUAUCUACUCCUUGGAACAGAGAUGGCAGUGGAAAUCAACUGAGGACUAUGACCUACACUGUUACGAUUAAUAAUCCACUCUGUGGCAAGUUCACAACAGCAACAGAAAAGCAGAUCCUGCAUAAACAGAGCCAUAAAGGACAGUCUUACCUGGUAGAUGCUGAGGUGUUGACGCACGAUGUUCCUUAUCAUGAUUACUUCUACACUGUGAAAAGAUACUGCAUCACCCGCACGGCCAAUCAGAAAUGCAGAUUACGGGUAUCUGCAGAUGUGAAAUACAAGAAACAGCCAUGGGGCCUCAUCAAGUCUGUAAUUGAGAAGAACACUUGGGGAGGGAUACAGGAGAAUUUCAAACAACUUGAAUCAGAUCUGCUAAUGGAGGAGUAUGCAAUAAAUCAAUCUCUGGAAGAUCCCGGCAAACUUAUUGCCAUCAGACGACGACGACGGACUUUACACCGGACUAUGGGAGAGUUGCUUCCCAGGCGUUCAUCCCAGCAUUCCUCAGGAGACGUAUUGGAGUCCCAAGGCAAUGCAAUAGGAAGGAAAAGCACCGCCACAAGUAGGACCACAGCCAUCAUUGUGGCAAUGAGUGUCUUCUUGCUGCUCUUAGUUUUGCUGAAUGUGACACUGUUCCUCAAACUGUCAAAGAUUGAGCAUGCAGCUCAGUCACUCUACCAUGUCCAGCUUCAGGAAGAGAACUCUUUAAACUUGGCUCCUGAUGUGGUAUCCAGAGAAGAAAUCCCUCAGUACGACAAGGAACAAGUUCAGCAUGUGAAGGGGGUAUUGCGGGACUCUAUUGCAAUGCUUGAGCAGCUGAAGAGCUCCCUUUCUCUGCUCCAAAGAAGCUUUGACAACCUGAACAAGACCCAGAAUAGCAAGACGGAGAGUUAACCUCAUAAAAGCCUACACAAGAAUGAAGACGCGAGGGGUGAGGUUGGGGGUGGACAUUCUACUGUCUCAGGACUUUUUUUACAAUUUUUGCUCAGCAGGUGCCUCUAAUAAAGGUCUCUGGAUAAAACAAGGUGGAUUUGGAUCUCCCCUAGCUCUGAGAAACUUUCCUCAGUGCUCCCCUAAAUAUGACUUUUGUUUUUCCUUGUGAACAAUGCACAGCUUGGAAUUCCCUAGUGUGAAUGAGUGAACACUUUUUGUACUGUACAGUAACUGUGAUGUGCAAAUUACAAGAUGAAAACCAA